AUGCUUAAGUGCUACCAAGCCGGAAGGGAAAAAAUUCGUUUUGCUGGUGAGAGGGGAUUUUUGUUGGCCAAGUAUGUUGAUCAUAUGCUCAACUUAGCAUUUCGUUUUGAUGAUAGAGGACUGGUUCACAACUUUCCUACUUUUACACGUGAGUUUGGUGAUCAGAUGAAUCACAUGCUUGCUACUGAGUUUCACUAA